CAUCACUUCUUCCACCACCUCGCUUUCCCCCUAAUCCACACCGGAGAGAAGGGGAAUGAGAGCAAAAGAGGGUGGUGAGGACAGGUAGGGAGAGUCAGUCUGCCGCUGAUGGGACUUUGACCUCUGUGUGUGCUGGUGCAGGAAGUCGUGUCCUGCCCUAGUUCUAGAUAAGGAGAAAUAGGGAGAAUACAGAGGAAUAUAGUGAGUAAGGGGAGGGUAGAAGUGUCAGAGAGGAAGGGAGUGUGCCUGGAAAGGCUGUAACUCCCUGCCCGUUGAGGCUGUUGCGGUUAGACAGCUGGAGAAACAGCCACAUGCAAGGGGAGAAAACUUCCUGCUUCCUCCCAAGCCAAUAAUUCAGUUAGUACCGCCCUUCUUUAAAAGAGACAGGCCACACAUUUCCCUUCUCCUCACUAACAUGAAAGCAUGGCRARUGACCAUACAGCUACUUUGCUUGUCUAUGUUAAUGUGAGUUGAUCGUUUUGGCAACUAUGGCAGWUCUUUACCUACCAAUGCUUUAAUGAAAAWCCUCKAAAUUAGUUACUGAUUUUGGMUAUGUGCUUGUCUCUGCAGGUUUGACUUUACCCAUAAGAAGCAGUCUGGUGGUUCUGGGCAGUAUGGUAAAGUGAUAGGAGUUCUGGAACCUCUGGCCCAAGAGAACUACACAAAAGUGGAGUUUGAAGACUGUCAGAACCAACAUCCCCAAACAGUUUGUGCCGGCUGUUGAGAAGGUGCGCAUGCCUGGCUGUAGUCUGAAAAUCACAUAGGCCCUUCAGUAAGUGUAAUUAGGAUUGAAAAAAUCCUGUAUCUUAUUCAGCUAGAAAUUCUAGUAGACCUCUAAUCUCAUACCCCAAGAGUGGGGAAACUUUUUGACUUGAGGGCCACAUCGGGAUUGAAAAAUUCAAGAGGGCCACGUAUAUUUUUAUUUUGACCGAUUUAGUUUGUCAAAUAUCUAUUCGUGGGCUACAAAAAGGGCAUUCAUUUGAUUAUAAAGGUCCAUUAUCAUUUCUAUUUUCUUUACUCAAACCUCCCGUGGGCCGGAUUGAAUGGGCCUGCGGGUCGUAGUUUCCACACCACUGUCACCAUCUCAUCCCUCUCUCCUGCARGGAUUCAGAGAGGCCUGUGAGAAAGGCCCUCUGACUGGUCACAAGAUCUCAGGCGUCAAGUUCCUAUUGGAAGACGGAGCGCAUCACAUGGUGGACUCGAAUGAGAUCUCCUUCAUCCGUGCAGGGGAGGGCGCUCUUAAACAAGCCAUGGAGAAGGCCAACGUUGCCGUGCUGGAGCCAAUCAUGUCAGUAGAAAUUGUGGCGCCCGAUGAGUUCCAAGGGACAGUCAUCGCUGGGGUCAACCGUCGCCAUGGCGUCAUCAGUAGGCAGGAUGGGGCAGAGGGCUACUUUACGCUGAUGUGAGUGCAGCUCUGUCAUACUCACACUUCCUAUGCCCUUUU